AUGGCCAUUACGACGGGGAUCCACGCGCUGCCCUCGGAGCUAAUCCUCAGCUGCGGCGAGUACAUGACCCCUAAGACCGCGUUCGCGCUCUCGCUAACCUGCAAAGGCCUCCGACGAGCACUAGCCAACCUCAUCGCCGAGAUGCGCGAGUGCUGCCUCGCCGAAGCGGUGCACUACCACGAGCUCACGUACCUGGCCCCGGACGCGAAAGGCCAUCCGCGGACGCGCACGUACCGCACGGCGCGGGCGCUGCCGCCCCAGCCUCUCGUCGAGGCCGUGCGGGCCGGCAAUGUAGGGCUCGUGACGAAAGCGCUCACGAGGUUCCACAUCAGCGCGGACAGCUACGAUCUCCAGGCGCAGCCGCUGGUGCAUCUGGCGGUGCUGUACAAGCAUCCUGAGGUGGUGGAGGUGCUGCUGAAGCAUGGCGCCGAUCCCAAUGUCACGUCCAGUCGGCUGGAGAUGGCACUGGAUUGCUGGGCCAAUAAGGCGACGGCGGAGGAUGUUGCGGUGCUCAGGCUGCUGCUGGACGCCGGGGCCAAGUGCGCCAUGCCGCGACUGCUGGAUUAUCGGGCUCGCACGCUGGACCUCGAGCUCGGGCUCGUGGAGCGGAUGGUGAGGACGGAGUUGGAGUCGGGUCUGGUCUUGGAGGAGCUGGUUGAUGAUCAGAUGUUCUUCCAGGCGCUGCGCUACGCGUCCCCCAUGUAUGUGCGCGUGAUGGUCGCGAUGCGUCCGGUCUUGCUGCAGCUGACGUCGCUUGAUGGUCGCGGUCCGGUGGCGUAUGCCGCGGAUUGCAAUCGGCCGGAUAUGGUGGCUUGUUUGGUGGAGUUAAGGGCGUGGGAUGCGCCGUCUUUCUAG